GAUGGUGGACAUGAUGAGAAAGCCGGCGAGGUCACUCAUAAAUAUCGGCAUCUGCUGCCUUUUGGUGGUAGUUGUCGUGCAAGCUGUCAAGCAAACUAAAGAGCAAGCCUUAUCUGAUAAAGUUCAGCAGUUAAUGGACUGGAGUGGCAAGCGUCCGCUGAUCAAAAUGAAUGGUGACAAGUUCCGCCAGUACGUCAAAUCAGUGCCCAAAAAUUAUCAUGUCAUUCUGAUGCUGACUGCUCUCCAACCUCAGAGACAAUGUGCUGUGUGCAGACAAGCAAAUGAAGAAUUUCAAAUUGUUGCCAACUCGUGGAGGUAUUCCCAGCAAUAUUCCAAUCAACUGUUCUUCGCCAUGGUAGAUUAUGAUGAGGGACCAGAUGUAUUUUCGAGCUUGAAGAUCAACUCUGCACCAGUGUUCAUGCACUUCCCUCCAAAAGGCAAGCCGAAGAAGGCUGAUACCAUGGACAUCCAUAGAGUGGGAUUUGCUGCAGAACAAGUCGCCAGAUGGGUCGGGGAACGCACAGACAUACAGAUUCGAGUUUUCCGUCCUCCAAGUUAUUCUGGUACGCUGACUCUGGCUCUCCUCUUUUCCCUUAUUGGUGCUCUCCUUUACAUCAAGAGGAAUAACCUGGAGUUCCUCUACAACAAAACAUCAUGGGGUGUCGGAGCAUUGUGCAUCAUCCUGGCUAUGACGUCGGGACAAAUGUGGAAUCAAAUACGAGGAGCGCCAUUUUUGCACAAAAAUCCUCAAACAGGGCAACUGCACUAUAUCCACGGAAGCAGCCAAGGACAGUUUAUAGUUGAGACAUAUAUUGUCAUUUUCCUGAAUGCUGCUGUGGUGAUUGGUAUGAUCUUACUCAAUGAAGCUAACAACCUCAAGGGAGAGAUGGGCAAGAAGAGAAUUGUUGCCCUGAUUGGCCUUGGUGCGGUGGCAUUCUUCUUCAGUGCUCUGCUAUCCGUGUUCAGAUCUAAGUACCAGGGUUACCCAUACAGCUUUCUAAUCAAGUAGACGACACAACUUUUGAAACAGAUUAACAUUCUUACUCUUGUAGCAUUGGUUUCCAAUUGACGAUUCCAAAUAACUCUUGGGCAAAGUCUUUGUACAUUGCAUAACUUUGUUUCCAGGGCAUCCAAGUGUAAAAACAAUGCUAUUAAGAGUUAUAAGUUCAUAUGAAAGCGUAUGAAUAUGUUCUGAGGUGUUUUCAAAUAUGCAUGUUUGGUUUAUACAUGUAAGCUUACCGUACCAGUUCAUGUUCUUGAGAGCACACAUUGAACGGAUAUAGUUCUUGGAUAAAAUGGUUUUUAUGUCAUGUCUUGUGAGAAGCCUAUGCGUAAUAUUGGACAAUCUUGGGAUGUGGGGAAAAAGAUCAAAAAUGGUUUAUUUUAAGCAGUGAAAAGUUCUCAAAGCUGCAAUUCAGGCAGUACGCUCAUUUUCAGUUGGUGGUACUCCAAGAAUCACUUUUGAUGCUGAAACUAGUUCAAAUACAUGCAUUUUAAGUUCACGUUUGACAGUGCUUUUACAAAAAUCACAAAAAUAAAAUGCUUGCGAAAAUGUCCUUAUUCUUUGAUGAUAAGGAUUCUCAUGGUUUGUUGGUUUUUGUCAUUUCAGUUUUCUCUUCUAAGUGUGAUGUUUUGUCUCUUUUGCUUGUGCCAGAGGCACGCCUAGAAAUUUACAAAUGUUUUGUAACAAGAAUUUUUGUGUGCUUCAAACUACAUGUAUAAUGUAAGUGAGCUAAAGUUUAACGAAACGAUGAAAAGGAUGUUCAUGUAUUGAAUGAGGUGUUUUUACAUUCCAAGUCAAGCCAUCUGACAUGAACAUUAUGUGUAGGUCAAUAGACACCCAUGUCAUUACUAAAAUAUGUGAAGAGGUUGAGUCCAUACAAAAUUUGUAUUUUCCUGGUGUUAGAUAAGAUGGGGUGAAUGCUGGUCCUUCCAUUUUGAAUGGAGAACAGUUGCGUGGCCAGCUUCUCAACAUUUUACCUUCCUGCUAAAUUUUAUAUGUGCAGCAGUGUCAUGCCAAACUCAUGAUGUGUACGUAUAAUGUCCAGUCGUGGCUGGGUAAAUAAACUGUUUUGUAGAUUAUAUGUGA